AUGCGCGUCCACAUCUGUCGGUGCUGGGCGCUCCCCGCCGAGGACGGACACGGACGGUAGGUGGGACUGGAACUGGAACUGGAAGCAAGGCGAGGCGAGGCGAGGCGAGGCGUGCGAGCAAGGUGAAGCGAACCCUCCCCCUGCUGUUUCCUCCCGUGCUCGGUGCUCCCCACCGGGAAAAGGGGCAACGAGAGUAGAGAAAUCGAACCCACACGCAACGCGUCGCGACGGGACAGCUCCACCUCCACCCACUCGCCUGCCUCCAGAUCCAGCGCCCGCAUCUCUCUCUCUGUCGCUCGCGCGAGAUAAGCCGCCGCGCCGGGCGGGCGUGCUAGCGGUAGCAGCGAGCGGUGCGCGAGGGCGGCGGAGGCGGGAGGGCGGAUCCGGUGGGCGGCAAAUCUGGCAGGCGCCGCGGUGGGGCUGCGGGCGCGGGGGAGGGCGGGGGGCUGGGCGGACGGCGCGGAGGGCGGGGAGGGAGGGGAGGACUGCGGCAGGCUCAGGCCCUGGCGCAGGAGGCUGCUCGCGUCCAUGGCGCUCUCGUGGCCCUCGGCCGUCCGCCUCGCCGUCGCCGCCGUCCUGCUCGCCGCCGUCGUCGUCGCGCUCUUCACGCUCCCCGUCGAGAAGAUUUUAAAGGAUUUUCUGCUUUGGAUCAAGGAGAACUUGGGUGCAUGGGGUCCUUUGGUGCUGGCCCUAGCUUACAUUCCUCUGACAGUCUUAGCUGUUCCAGCAUCAAUUCUUACACUUGGAGGGGGCUAUUUAUUUGGACUGCCAGUAGGGUUCGUUGCUGAUUCCAUUGGAGCAACAAUUGGUGCAACUGCUGCAUUUCUGCUUGGCAGGACGAUUGGGAGGCCUUAUGUUCUUUCGAAAUGCAAAGAUUACCCUAAGUUUCAAGCAGUAGCUAUUGCCAUCCAAAGAUCUGGCUUCAAGAUCGUGUUGCUACUAAGGCUUGUACCUUUACUUCCGUUCAACAUGUUGAACUACCUGUUAUCUGUCACUCCUGUUGGUGUUGGAGAAUACAUGCUGGCUUCUUGGUUUGGAAUGAUGCCAAUCACUCUUGCUUUGGUGUACGUUGGAACAACACUGAAAGAUCUAUCAGAUGUGACACAUGGGUGGAGUGAGAUCUCGACUACUCGAUGGAUUCUGAUAAUAUCUGGCUUUGUAUUAUCUGUGGUCUUGAUCAUCUGCGUCACAAAAAUUGCAAAAUCAUCUCUGGAGAAAGCAUUGGCCGAGAAUGGAGAGCUGGAUGUAGGAACAUCGCAGCUUCCUGUGGUAGCCUCUCCCUCCGAUCUGCAACAACCUCUUGUAAUCAAGAUUGACACGUCAAAUGAAGAUCACGAGAAGUAAAAGUGUUGUGUUCACAAUCUCGGAUGUACAUUCUUUGUCUGUUGAGUCUGUAGACUAUAUAUACCCAUAGCUCUUGUGAGGCCGGUAAAAGGGUAAAAAAGCGCAAAAAGAGAGAAAAAUGACGGUGAAGUUUGACUGAUAGGUAAUAUCUUUGGUGAAAAUGCAAUUGUAGUAUUUCAGUUGGGCCUAGCCGCUAGGGAUGAAACGAGCGGAAAAAUAACUCCUGUUUGUGUUUUUUUUUUGUGAAAAUGGCGCCAGAUUCGG